AUGGCAGCAGCAGCGGUUCAGAGCCUCUCCGCCAGCUCUGGCUUUGGCUCCGUCCAAGGAGUUCAGUUCCAGCCACUUCUUGAUCAAAAGAAUGUUCAGCAAAAGAUUCCAAAACACGACGUAGAUACUAUUCUUUACUUUCACAAAGAUAAUGAAGACGGCUCUCCUCCUGCUCCCCAGUACGCUGGGCAGGCUGCAUCAUUUAAUGAGCGACCGACUGAGGAGCACAAAGUGACCAUCAGAGAUGUUGCGGGCCAAGAGGAUAAGUACACGCUUGACAAGUCUGGAUUCCAGUUUCACCGCCAUGCUUCAGUCGAGAAGGACUUUGCGGACGAUGAUCAUAUCAAGGCACAUUACUACCCAGAGACGGAACAGCUUCUCAAGGACGUAACUGGAGCGUCCAAAAUCUUCAUUUUCGAUCAUACCAUCCGCCGCCCUCUCCCCAGCGACGUUGCUGGCGCAACCUCUAGCGUUCUCCGUGGCCCUGUCAAUCGCGUCCACAUUGAUCAGUCUUACAGCGCAGCUCUCUCUCGUGUUCCAUUUCACCUUCCCGAGGAAGCAGAUGAGCUUUUGAAAGGACGUGUUCAGCUGAUUAACGUCUGGCGGCCGAUCCGACAGAUCCAACGAGAUCCGCUGGCCGUUGCUGAAGCACACUCGGUAGCAGAAGAGGACCUCGUGCCUGUGGCAUUGAUCUAUCCUAACCGCAAAGGAGAGACUCUUGGCGUGAGGCAUAAUGAUGCACAGAGGUGGUUCUACAAAUCUGGAUUGACUCCUGAGGAGGUCCUCUUGAUCAAGUGUUUUGACAGCAAGACGGAUGGAAGAGCUAGACGGGUGCCACAUACCGCAUUUGUGGACUCAAGUGCUGCUGCCGAUUUGCCAGCGCGAGAGAGUAUUGAGGUUCGAGCUCUGGUGUUCCAUCCGGAUGAUAGAGAGUAA